GUGCUGUCGACUCGUCCUGUACGGUAUGAUGGUGAAGCGGCCCAGGGCCGCCAGCUAAGAUUGUCUAAGCGCUCAACCAAAGUAUCGUCGUCAUUAUCCUAGCAUCUUUCCUUUAUAUCAAGGAUUACUGCCAAGCCAGGCCCAGCACUCAUCCUCUUUACUUGGUCAACGGGCUGGCUACGUCCAUGAAAACAACGAAAUCUACACCUUUAGUUCUCCUUAUAUCACAGGUUAUCUAACAAUACAGUUGAAGCUCACUUUCUUUGCAACUGCUGGAACCUUCCUCUAGGAGAGAUAGAACUUCACAACAUAUGUGGUAACGACUUGCAGCGCAGCUUCGUGACCCUUUUGCGCAGAGGAGUUGCCUACUGCUGGCGCUCUCGAUGCAAGUGACAUGAGUGGCCGCACUAUUCGGCCGCGGCCCAUAUCCUUUACUGAGCGCAUACCGGUUAUCUUCCUUAACCGGGCCAACGAUGCCGAGGAUGAUGGCGCUGACACUCCUGCCCUAGACCCGGCAUUGGUCCAAUUUCUUCGCACUUGCGAAGAAGAACGUGAUGAUCAGGGCCGACACACCUUGCUUAGCGGCCUUGAGACCAGCCGGAGGCGAAAGCGCCGCACGCAGGGCCCUGAGCAGCAGCUUGCAAAGGCCGCCCCAGCACAAGGCGCAGCGGCGGCCCGCACCAGCGGCGGUCAGUCAGCCGGUGGUGCUGAUGGUGACCACGCGGCAGCAGCUAUAGAGGUGCCCUCCUGUCGGGAUGUCGCUGACUACGGCGAGAACGAGCAGGCAAUGGCCCGCGCUGACGCACGCAAAGCAGCAGAGGCGGGCCAUGGCGCGCCGUUGCUAGGCAUCCUGCCAGGCGCUUCACCAGGUUUGUCGGCUCUGGGCAACCUCGGCUUAGACGCCGACGCGUACAUCAUCUACCACGAUGUGGUCCGCGACCGGCGCGCAGAACCGGCGCUUUCGCAGUACGACAUGGAUGAGGAGGACGAGAAGGCGCUCGAAGGCGUCAAUGCACAGCAGCGGGCUGCUGCCAGUGCUGCGGCUAGAGCCAACGGCGCAACCGCCGCCACGCGCUCCACUGCCGCUGCUGCAGCUGCGGCGGCCGCCGCAAUCCUGGAUGAGGACGGCUUUGAGGCGCUGAUGGGCGCUCUGGAGCAGGCGCACUUUGAGGCGCUGCAGCAGCAGAAGGAGCUGUGGCAGGCAGAGGUCAAAGCCGGGAAAGUGCCCAAGCUUCCGUCUGCUGACAAGAUCCUUCCCUGGGAGGCGGCUGUGGCGGCCCUGAAGGAGCACCAGCCGCCGCUGCCGUCCCUCCCACGCGCACUGUACAACCACUGGCUGAAGCGCCGGAAGCAGGCUGGCGGUCCCUUGUUGGGGUACCUGUGGUACGAGCAGCCCUGGAAGGCCAUCUGCUUCCGGGAUCGCACCCCGGGCAACGAGGGCGAGCAGGGGGACAUGCCCUUCAUGGCGACGGAGACGAAGAACAGCAGCCGUGGCGGCUGGAACCGGUCACGGCUCAGCAAGCGGGAGGCGUACGACCGGAUUCUUAAGGCACGGAACGAGCUGGAGGUGGGUAGACGAGUAUAGGUAUAAUGCACCUGGGGGCUGAAGCCAACCAGAGUGUGCGGGUUUGGGGGCUGUGGCAGGGAGCCUGGUAUUUAGGGACGUUUGCAUGACGUUAGGAAGGGCCCCCAGGCCCCUGUGACGCUGUUGUGUGGCAGCUUUGCUUUGUACCAAGACCGCACCAAGAGAGGCUAUGCCAGUGGACGCAACCCUACC